ACACACUAAAGCCACAGAAUUCACAACCGGACGAAGCUUAAAACGAGGGUUCUUCUUCUUCUUCUUCUCCCCCCCACUGCUCAGUUUGAUUCUCCGAUCCUCUCUUCAUCUUCGAUUCUCCGUUCUCUCUGUCUUAGAGAUCCGGUCUCAGGGCUGUUUCGGGUUUAGAAGAAGGGGAAGAAAUGGCGAACAUAGACAUUGAAGGGAUAUUGAAGGAGCUACCGAAUGAAGGUAAACUCCCAAAGACGAAGAUCGUUUGCACGCUCGGCCCUGCCUCUCGAUCUGUGCCUAUGAUCGAGAAACUUCUAAAGGCAGGCAUGAAUGUAGCUCGUUUCAACUUCUCCCAUGGCAGCCAUGAGUACCAUCAAGAGACACUCAACAAUCUCCGUUCCGCUAUGCAGAACACCGGCAUUCUCUGUGCUGUCAUGCUUGAUACCAAGGGUCCCGAGAUCCGAACGGGAUUUUUGAAAGAUGGGAAACCGAUACAGUUGAAGGAAGGUCAGGAGAUUACAAUCUCGACUGACUAUGACAUAAAGGGAGAUGAGGAAAUGAUAUCCAUGAGCUAUAAGAAGCUGCCGGUGGAUGUAAAGCCUGGACAUACCAUCCUAUGUGCGGAUGGAAGCAUUAGUCUUGUGGUCUUGUCAUGUGAUCCUGAUGCUGGAACGGUUAGAUGUCGAUGCGAGAAUACAGCGAUGCUUGGUGAAAGAAAGAACGUGAAUCUCCCUGGUGUCGUUGUCGAUCUCCCCACCCUUACCGAGAAGGAUAAGGAAGAUAUCCUCAACUGGGGUGUUCCGAACAACAUCGACAUGAUUGCCCUUUCGUUCGUGCGUAAAGGCUCGGAUCUUGUCAAUGUCCGGAAGGUCCUUGGAUCCCAUGCCAAAAGCAUCAUGUUGAUGUCGAAGGUUGAGAACCAGGAAGGUGUGAUCAACUUUGAUGAUAUCUUGCGUGAAACCGACGCAUUCAUGGUUGCACGUGGUGAUCUCGGGAUGGAGAUUCCAAUCGAGAAGAUCUUCCUGGCUCAGAAGAUGAUGAUCUACAAGUGUAACCUUGCAGGUAAACCCGUGGUUACCGCCACACAGAUGCUAGAGUCCAUGAUCAAAUCACCCCGACCAACCCGGGCUGAAGCCACAGACGUUGCAAACGCCGUCCUCGACGGCACCGACUGCGUGAUGCUCAGCGGUGAGAGCGCAGCUGGAGCAUACCCAGAAAUAGCCGUUAAGAUUAUGGCCAAGAUCUGCAUCGAAGCAGAGUCCUCGCUCGAGUAUAACACCAUCUUCAAGGAGAUGAUACGAGCCACUCCACUUCCGAUGAGCCCAUUGGAGAGCCUGGCAUCAUCGGCUGUACGGACAGCUAACAAGGCCAAGGCGAAACUGAUCGUGGUGAUGACACGUGGAGGAACAACAGCCAAGCUGGUAGCCAAGUACAGACCGGCAGUUCCGAUUCUGUCAGUGGUUGUCCCCGUCAUGACAACCGAUUCAUUCGACUGGAGUUGCAGCGAUGAGUCUCCUGCGAGGCACAGUCUGAUAUACCGAGGUUUAAUCCCAGUGUUGGCCGAAGGGUCGGCAAAGGCGACCGAUACAGAGUCUACAGAAGUAAUUCUCGAGGCGGCGAUGAAAUCGGCCACCGAGAAAGGGCUGUGCAAGCCUGGUGAUGCGGUUGUGGCUCUCCACCGUAUUGGCGUUGCCUCUGUUAUCAAGAUCUGCAUGGUGAAGUGAACGAACUCAAAGCCCUUGUCUUUUUAGAGAGACACUCUCUCAACUCUCUCUCUCUCUUGUCUUUUUUAUGAUGUUUUCUUGUUAUUUAUUUAUAGCCGAGGAGCUUCUUUAUGUGAUGCUAUGAACAGAAGAGAGUUUUAUCUGUGUCUUUUGUCGACAUUGACAUUGGUGGAAACUGUUGUCUGAUGUCUUGGGACAACAGACAAGAAACCAUGGUCGGGUGUUUCUUGAAGUUUAAACUGAGUUGGCUUUAUGCUAUUUUGAUCACUAAA